AAUGCUUCACAUUCUCUUCUCUCCUCCAUCCAGCAGCAUCCUCCAGCUCUCUCCUCUUCCUCCACUGUCAGCAACAAUGACCAGCACACUAUCAGCCUACACAGACAAGAUCAAGGAGAUGUCCAUGCUGUCUCUGCUCUGCUCCUGCUUCUACACACAGCCACAUCCCAACAGCCUCUAUCAGUAUGGAGACCUGGAGGUGAAGGGCUUGAACAAACGAGCAUCGGGCCAAUCGUUUGAGGUUAUCCUGAAGGAUCUCGAUCAUUCUGGAGACAAAAGCCAGCAUCAGCCCCUACCCUCCCCCCCAAGGAGGGAGGUGUCCCUGGAGGAAGUCCAGAAGAGGCUGGAGGCUGCUGAGGAGAGGAGGAAGUCCCAGGAGGCCCUGGUGCUGAAGCAGCUGGCCGAGAAGCGUGAGCAUGAGCAGGAGGUUCUUCACAAGGUGCGUGAGGAAAACAACAUCUUUAGUAAGAAGACAGAGGAGAAGCUCAUCCAAAAGAUGGAGGCCAAAAAGGAGAACCGGGAGGCUCAUCUCAAUGCUCUCAAACAGCGGCUGCGUGAGAAAGAAGUCCAUGCUGCUGAGGUUCGCAGGAACAAGGAGCUUAUGACCGACAUGUCGGGCUGAACAGGUUUUAUACUGUCUGGCAGUGGAUGUUACUUUUAAGACUCAUCUGCGUGUCAAAACCUUUCCUGUUGUUCAGUAUUCACCACUAUCGUCCUACAGUGCACCUUUCAGGACUCAGUCUAGUUGUUAAUCAGCACCAAAUAUUGAUCCUCAUCUGUUUUGGUAAACCACACACAUUUGGAAGUGCAGAUACUCUGAUAUUCUCUACUUGAAGUCUGAAAUAAAGUCCAAUCCUGAGCCAAA